GGAAAACGUAAAAUUGUAGUCAUUCCGACACCGAUUUAGCAUUUACCUUAUUAUUCAAGAAAAAAAUGGCGGAUGGCGUGGACAUCGAUCUUUAUGACAAUUUAGAAGAAGGAUUUGAACAGAAUGAGGAGUUUACACAAGAUGAUGAUUUGUAUAAUGACGUUAUAACAGCAUCCUCAUCUGCAGAGUCUACUGAGACGAUAGAAGAAACAAAAGCUUUGUCUAUAUCUGUACCAGCAGGGUAUAGUGGUAGGAGGAUAAGUUUAUAUGUAGGAAACCUCACAUGGUGGACGACAGAUCAAGAUUUAACAGAUGCCAUAGCUUCAGUAGGAGUCACAGAUUUAGUGGAGAUUAAAUUUUAUGAAAAUAGAGCAAAUGGACAGUCUAAAGGGUUUGCAGUAGUGGUAGUUGGAUCAGACAACUCUUCCAGGUUGAUAUUUGACAAACUACCAAAAAAAGAAAUCCAUGGCCAAGUUCCACAGGUAACAAACGCUAACAAACAGGCCCUUAGUCAAUUUGAAGCCCAGUCAAAGAAAGAUGGUGGACCUCCUCAAAAUGGUAAUUACAGUCCCCCAGGACCAAGACCUCAACAGCAGAGACCACCACCUGGAAAGCCAGGAUUUAUGCCAAGACAGAACAGACCCCCAGGACCAGGAGACGGUCCCCCACCAGGCCCACCUCCACAUGGUGGACCCCCUCCAGGAUUCCCAGGAGGACCACCACCUAGAGGAUUCCCUCCAACAUCUGGUCCCCCUCCAAUGUCUGGACCACCUCCAGGACCACACAUGAGAUUUGGAGGUCCACCACCAGGAGGGCAUAUGAUGAGAGGAGGUCCUCCACCUCCAUUCAGAGGUCCACCACCACAAGAUCCACGUGGACCACCUCCUCGUCCAGAGUGGGAAAGACCACCAGGUUUCUUUGAACAACCUCCUCAACAAGGAGUAGGGUAUCCUCCCAAUGGGCCACCACCCCCAGGUCCUCAACCAGUGCCACCACCUGGAGCAAGAAUGCCACAUCCAGGUAUGCCACCAGUGAAUCCACCAAUAUCGUUGCCACCACCUGGCCACCCGACAGCUCCUGCACCACAUGUUAAUCCAGCUUUCUUUCCUCCACCCCAUGGAGGGCCACCCCCUGCUGUGGCACCUUUACAUCCUGGAGGAGACCCAUAUGGAAGGCCACCACCCGUGUCAUACCCUACAGACCCUUACAGACCUCCAGAUCACUACUCUAGACCCCCUCCUGAAAGACCAGAAUCACCAGCCCUCAGUGAACAAGAAUUUGAAGAGAUUUUCCAGAGAAAUAAGACUGUAUCAAGUAGUGCUAUAUCUAGAGCUGUACAAGACGCAACUGCAGGAGAAUUUGCCAGUGCAAUAGAGACAUUAGUGACAGCUAUCUCCCUGAUCAAACAGUCAAAGAUUGCAAGUGACGAUAGAUGUAAAAUUCUCAUCAGCUCUCUACAAGACACACUUCAUGGUAUAGAAGAGAAGUCAUAUGGAUCAAAGAGCAGUGCAAGGAGAUCAAGAUCUAGGGAACGUGAGAGAGAAAAGGAAAGAAGAAGUCGAAGUCACAGAUCAAGAAGUCGGGAACGAGCAGAAUACAGGGAGAGGAGUAGAGAAAGGGGAGAUCGUCACUAUGCAGAGGAAUCAUCGUCACGGUCCUCGCACAGAUCUGAUAGAGACCGAGAUCGUGACAGGGAAAGGGAAAGAGAAUACACCAGCAGACGACACUAAUUUAGGUAAAAAGACAUGUACAAGGUUCAUCCUUAAUUAUCAGAUUAUGUAUGGUAAUUUAUUCUGCUUCGUGAAAGUGUUUAUAAAAAAAAUUCUCAGACCUCUAGAUGUUUUCAUUGAUGUAUAUAGCUAAUUGUUUAGACAUGUGACAUUUGAACUAAAAGACAUCAUAGAAUACAUCACUUCAUCGCAUCAUGUGAAUCAACUCAUCAACUCAUCAUAGAUCAUCUAUUCAAAGACACAGUGGAAAACAGAACAGAUGAAAAUCUACAAAUGGAAAAGAAGAAGAUAUUCUGUUAGGAGUUACAACUUUAUUCUGGAUAAGUUUUACACAGGAAAAGAAGUGGAUUUUAAUUAAACGAUUGGAUAUAAAAUGAAUUGCUACAUUGAUUAUGAAUUCUGAAGAAUAUUUAAAACAAAUUUUCUUUUCAGCAUUUUACCCCAUCAAGGAAAGAUAUUUUAUUUUUUUUAACAUCCAUCAGAAAUAAAUGUAGUAAAACAA